AUGUUUUUCAUUUAUCUUUUAGUCACAGCCGCUUUGGCAAAUGCGAAUGACUUGUUUGGAACAUGGACUACCAAAUCCCGUGAUGUUCUUACUGGUCCAGGAUUCUAUGAUCCGCUCAACGACAAGCUGCUCGAGCCCAAUCUAACGGGAAUUUCAUAUUCAUUUGACGACGACGGAAAUUAUGAGUCCGCAUACUAUCGGGCAAUCUCAAAUCCCACCGACCCAUCAUGCCCGGGAGGAAUAAUGCAAUGGCAACACGGCGCUUAUACUCUGUUCGGAAAUGGAACUUUGAUAUUGACACCAAUUGCUGUCGAUGGUCGUCAGCUACUAUCCGAUCCCUGUCGGAAGCAGUCGGGUCACUACACACGAUAUAACACCACAGAGGAGUUCAAGGUACACCUCUUUCGAUUUCUCUCCCCAUUGGCUUGCUCUGACAGUACACAGGAAUUCUCCGUGGAUAUUGACAAGUUUAAUCGCAUGAAACGUCUCGAUUUGACCAGGGCUGAUGGCUCAGUCGUCAACCCCAUGUUCCUCGCCUAUCAGCCACCAAAGAUGCUCCCCACCACAACAUUGAACCCAAUCCCAACAGGGAAUAAGCGAAAGCGUGAAUUAUCGCCAACCGCAGGAUUCCAACUGACCGCCAGAGAACAGCUGAUCAAUCCGGACCGAUGGUGGUGGUUGGGUGUUCUGAUGGCAUCUCUUGGAGGAGUAGCUUUCUUCUGCUCAUAA